GUGGGGCGUCUGCUGUACCUGUGUCCACUCUGACACUGCUACCUAACAGCCACGUGUUUCCCGGGGACUGUAAUGGCAGACGGACCUGUUGUAAAAGCUAAGCUAGUUAUCUACGUGUCUGGAGCAGCAGUGGCUGUUUCAGGUCAGAGAGGGCUAAUUAGGCAGAGUUAACCCUUCUAAGCACUGACCACUGAACUGAGAGGAGUAUCCUCAGCGCGGAGCUGAGCUGUGGAGCAGGCAUGCGGCUGCUGUUUUUAGCCUGUCUCAGCCCCAAAACUGGGAACUGCACCACUGCAGAAAGAAUAAGGGAUCACAUUGAGAGUGCAGGGCACACGUGCGUGCUUCGGGAUGUGGCCGACUUCAAAUCAGCCUCUGAAGUGGCACAGCUCAUGAACCAAGACGGGCCAUUUGAAGGAGCUCUGGCCAUUCAUAUCUUUAAAGGAGGCAGGCUGCUUCUAGAUGUCGGAGUGCCGUUCGGGGUGGUGUUUGGAGGGACGGACGUUAAUGAGGAUGUGAAGGACGCAGGGAAGCGAGGGGUGAUGGAGGAUGUUCUGAGGCGGGCCAGGUUUGCUGUGGCAUUCAGUGCUGAGCUGAAAGAGAAAGCAGAGGCUGAGCUGGAGUGCGGGAGCUGUGAGAUGAUUGUGCAAGCUCAAGGAAUCGAGACCAGAGCGAGCUCACACUUCAGCUGGAGUGAUUUUUUACACAGUGCAGGUGUGUGUGCAACUCGAGCAGAAGAUCUGCACGUGUUUAUGCUGGUGUGUGGACUCAGAAGGGUGAAGGAUCCUCUCUACCUCCUGAAUGCUUUCUCAGAAUGGCACGCUCAGAACCCCCUGGUGAUCCUCAUUAUUGUCGGCCCAAAGGUUGACCCCGUGUUCAGUGCAGAAGUGGACGAGUGUGUGAAAAGAUCUGCGGGUGUGUUUCUGGCUGCAGAGAGGAAUCAGGAAGAACUUCAUGCUGCAAUGCAAAAAUCCUUCGCCAUGGUCAAUUCCUCUAUUUCUGAAGGAAUGUCCGCCGCUAUCUUAGAGGCCAUGGAUUUGGGCUUGCCGGUUUUGGCCAGGGAUAUUCCCGGGAAUGCUGCAGUAGUCCAGCAUGAAAGCACAGGGCUGCUGUUCUCUUCACCACAGGAGUUUGUGAGCCUGUCCAAACGGCUGCUAAGUGACUCUAAACUUCAGGAGACCCUCAGGAGGGAAGGAAAGCGCUACGUCACAGAGUACCACAACCCUGCCAAAGAGAGAGAGACCUACCAGAAGCUGGUGGACAGACUACACUGACAUUGUGAUGGACUUUAUCACCAGUUAAUUUUACAAAUGUUCAACAGGUAUCCUAAAUCUUUUAGCUCAUCUGAAUGUGGGAAUUUCAAAAGCCUUAAAACUAUUUUUGUAAGUGGUCUUAUGCUUACAUUUUAAAUUACUAUAUGAAGCCAACAGUGUAGAACAGUCACCAGAUCUGUGCAUACAAUUAAGAGUAAAGAGUUUUGGGACACAUGCUUGAUCUUCGACACACGUUUCACAGCCUUUUUACCAGAGAUGUUUUUAAUGUGUUAUUGAUGAGUUCAGCUACUGGUUGAAAUAUGAAGGAGGUUCUGAAUGAAUGAAUGAAUGAAUGCAAUGUGUGUCUGUUUAUUAAUACAGUCCUACUUUUCAACAUAAAGAGAAAUCAGUUUGCUGUUUCUUCUGUUUCGUCUGUGUCGAGGAGGGUCAAACUCCCAUUGAUGUGGAGAUCUGUGCAAGUGCAGUUACCAUUAUGCAUUUUCGAGACAAACACUGCAAACUAUUCAUGAAAUGUUUUUAAUCAGAUUGUUUCAGUUAUUUUAAGUAUGUUUUUGAAAUGGUAAUUUGCCCUUAAUAUUUAAAUAUAUAUUUGUCCCUCACCAUUCAUGAAAAUAAAAGCGUUGUCUCAUAUGACUGGAGACAACUACCUAUUUUUCGCACUAUAAGGUGCACUUAAAAUCCUUAAAAAUGUUUUCAAAAAUCAUUAGUGCGCCUUUUAAUUCAGUUAGUCUUAUGUAUGAGUUUUACAAGUCAGGUUGUAAGGAGAGGUAAAGCCACUCUGCUGAAGUGCAGCAUUAUACAAGAGUUUCAGUUUAGCAGCAUUAGCAUCACAGCUAACUGCACUAAGCGCUAGCUCUAGCUCUAUUGCCGUUCAGAGGUAAGUAUUAUUAAAGUAUUAUCAGCCUUUAGCCUUCUGCUAAACCCCGGCUAGCACUGCUGGAGCAGCAUUAGCAUUAGCCACUAACCGCACUAAGCACUAGCUCUUUUUCCGUUCAGAGUUGAGUAUUAUCGGCCUGUAGCCUGCUGCUUAUUCUCACUGCUGGAGCAGCAUUAGCAUUACCUGCUAACCACGCUAAGCGCUAGCCCUCUCACUGUUUAGAGGUGAGUAUUCUCAUCCUGUAGCUUGUGUUUUUUCUUUGUUAAAAAACAAGCUACCUGGGGCCAACCGCUAGCUUAUAUCGCCCUGGCUUACCGGAACACUCAAGGUUCCUCAGUGUAGCUCUGUUGGGCAGCAUUCGCCGCUAACCGUGGCUAGCGAAAGUGGUGAGCCGCUAUGACAAUGCUGCUGCACCCUGCCUUAGUGUAAAUCUGGAAAUCUGGAAUCUAAGCUUACUGUAAAUAAACGUAAGUGUUUUACUCACCCAAAUAAACCGUUUUCAGGAGAGAAUGUUUAGAAUUACAGUUUACUUAACUAACUUAACAGUUUAAAUAAUUAGAGUAGCUUAGAAUUAGAAGGAAAACAUGGCGUCACCCCUGUUCCUUACUAGUGUUGCAUAAUGCGCCUUAUAAUUCGUGUUAAGUAUGAAAGAAGACCAGAAAAUAGACCUUUAUUGAUAGUGCGCCUUAUAAUCCGGUGCGUCUUAUAGUGAGAAAAAUACGGUAACUGCCCAAGGCUGUUGCAAAGAUGAACGCAAAGUAAACAUACUUGCCUAUUGGGACUUGAUGUUAUAUUUCUUUCAGUAAAUGGAGAAAUCGGGACAUUAUCCAAUCACCAAAUAUGUAUGUUAAUACCAGGUGUGCACAAGCUCUAAUAUUGACAUUGGCAUUGAUAUUAAAUGGUGUUUUUAGGAUUGUGUUGCACUGAAUGAUAAGAAAGGACACACUAGAUAUACAUUUACUUCAAAGAGGAAUUAGCCUUGGUUAUUUUUAUUUUUUUUCUUUAGGUUUAUACAUUUUUAAAGCCUUUUCUGACAUCAUAGCUUUGACCAGUCUUUCCAGUGAAGACAGGCUUUUUAAAUCCAGAUGUCCAGGGUCCAUUUCAUCACUUACAAACAGUCCAUUGCAUCAUCCAGCUGAAGCAUGCAGCGACUGUUUGCAGGGAAAAAGAAAUACUUGCAAAGUGUUGAGAAACGGAGAUAAACUGCUGCUACCCCCAGUGUUACUCUGGGAAAGCAUUUAUCAUGUUAGACAGCCUUUUCCUUUUUCAGAUAACUGGUUAUUACUUAGAUGAUAACAUGUUUUAUACUGUUUACCUUGAGGAAACAUGAUCCAUGUACCUGUACAAUGUUUUUUACACCUUUAUAUAUAUAAAAAUUCAAUGCAGGUGAUGUUGUAUGUAGUCUUGAGGUGCUUUGGGGUUCGGUGUGCCUAAAUAAGGCCUUUUUUAAUCAGGUUUGGGGUUGAUUUUCAUAUACUUGAUGUAUCUGUAUGUAUUUGAAGGUGAUCUGAUUUCAUAGAAUAUUUAUUAUCUUCAGUUUAUAAAGCAUUCUGUCAGUAAUCUGGGAUAAAAUAAUAUACAGUGCAAUGCUAGAGUGCAAGAGUCAGAGACCACACAACAUUUAUUAACUUUCCAGUCUAAACAGCCACAGGAUAUUAAAUAGAAGAUAUUCUGUUGGUGUGCAAGACCUGGUAGACCUCCUUUCAGGUAAACAAGACGUAAAGGCUUUCAUUUUUUCAGAGAGAUGGAAGAAAUUCCAGCUCCAUUUGUUCUAGAUCCAAAAACAUCCACAAGAAUUUGAGUCCAUCCUUUACCUCUGCUGUGGGUCUGAUGUCUGAAGGAUGUGAAGCUGUUAAUAAUGCUCUACAGAGACUGUCAAACUUCUGAAGCUGCUGAGAUUCUCAGAACAAUAGGCUGACAAAGACGCUUCGUCUUCUAAAAGUGAACUUUGAAAUUGUGCGGAAAUCCCAUUGCAGAUUUUAGAACACUCCCACCACCAUGUUUAACAGAUGAGGUUGGUAUGUUUUAGAUUGUGAACAAGGAGUGUGCAAAAAACACCCCGCCAUUACAUUUAACAGAUGGACUGGUACACCGGUAGUUUGGAUUGUGGGCAGAAGGUGUGGAAAAUUCUUUCUGCAGAUUUUAGAAUACCCCCACCACCAUGUUUAACAUAUAGAUUUGUAUAAUUUGGAUCUUGGGCAGGAGGUAUGAAAAAUCUUCUUGCAGAUUUAAGAACACUCCCACGACCAUGUUUAACAUAUGAGGAUUGAUAUGUUUUAGAUUGUGACCAAGGAUUGUGGAAAAAUCUCCUGCAGAUUGUAGAACACCCCCACCACCAUGUUUAACAGAUGUAUGUCUUGGAACUUAGGUAGGAUGUGUGAAAAAAGGUCCUUUAGAUACAUGCAGAAGAACUCAAUGAGAGUCUCCUGAUAGAAAUGAAAGUUUUAUUAAAGAUAAAGUUAAAUGUGCCGAAAACUUUAUUUAAAUCUGCAAAGGGUUAAUAAAAAAAGGUCUCUGAUUUUUGCACAGUACUCUGUAAUACCAAAUGUUAAAUACAGUGAUAUUCAUUGUCUUUUUGUCUUUACACACAACUACAAAAUUAAAGACCUAGACCAACUUUGAA